AUGCCGUGGUAUCGGCAUACUUACAAGAUAGAUGGUGAACUGAGUUUGAGUAGAUCAAUGAUCAAUAGCUCUGAUAAGAUAAUUCAAAAGGGUGGCUCCUCAAUCUUCCAGCAUGCUGUAGAAGGUUGGAAAAUCAAUUCUUCUUUGGUACUGGAAAUAAGAAAGAACAUUCUUCGAUUCUUGGAUGCUGAAAGAGAUGUCUCAGUGGUCAAAAGCAGCUUCAAGCCAGGAGAUGUAAUCCAUUAUGUACUGGACAGACGUCGUACCCUGAACAUUUCUCAGGAUUUGCACAGCCUUCUCCCUGAAGUUUCCCCAAUGAAGAAUCGCCGAUUUAAAACCUGUGCUGUUGUUGGGAAUUCUGGCAUCCUUCUGGACAGUGGAUGUGGAAAAGAGAUUGAUAGCCAUGACUUUGUAAUAAGGUGCAAUCUAGCUCCUGUGGUGGAGUUUGCUGCCGAUGUGGGAACUAAAUCUGAUUUUAUUACCAUGAACCCAUCAGUUGUACAAAGAGCAUUUGGAGGCUUUCGGAAUGAGAGUGACAGAGAAAAAUUUGUGCAUAGACUAUCCAUGCUGAAUGACAGUGUCCUUUGGAUCCCUGCUUUCAUGGUCAAAGGCGGAGAGAAGCAUGUGGAGUGGGUUAAUGCAUUAAUCCUUAAGAAUAAAUUGAAAGUGCGAACUGCCUAUCCAUCACUGAGACUUAUUCAUGCUGUCAGAGGCUAUUGGCUGACAAACAAGGUCCACAUUAAACGACCCAGCACUGGUCUCCUCAUGUAUACGCUUGCCACCAGAUUUUGUGAUGAAAUUCACCUGUACGGAUUUUGGCCAUUCCCAAAGGAUUUACAUGGAAAACCAGUCAAGUAUCAUUAUUAUGAUGAUCUGAAGUAUCGGUACUUUUCUAAUGCCAGUCCUCAUAGGAUGCCUUUAGAGUUUAAAACGUUGUAUGUGUUACAUAACAGAGGAGCACUUAAAUUAACAACAGGGAAAUGCAUACAGCAAUAAAGCACAUGUAAAGUACAGUAAAAAGUACAGAAUACACACUUCAUCAUAAAGAUGAUGUGGAAUGGCAAUGGGAUCCCAGUGAGGAUAUGUUUCAAUACCCACUAAGCCAUCGGAAAAAGAAAUUUUAUCAGAAGUACAUAACCAGCUAUUAUACCUGUAAAGUGCUAUAUAACUAAGCUAUCUUGACUGCAAGGGUUCAAGUAAGUGCCACUUUCACUAAGAACAAAGCUUGAAUGUAUACUCAAUAGUGUUCACAGGAUCCAGUGACACAUUCAUCAUGAACUAAAGAAGAAAAAUAUAGCCUGCUUACUGCUGACUUCCCACUGUGGUCAGACAGCCCACAGAAGAAAUCCCUAGUGGAUGGAAUAUUUUCUUGAGCAAAUAAACCA